GACGACUCUGGUUUCCUAGACACGCAUCUACAGUACUUAUCUAGCAAGCAUUCGCCGUUCUUCCGUACCCCCCGUUCCCUACUUUUUUUUUUGCUCUUGAAAUCAACAACACAAUGGCGGCCCCGCAAAAGACUUGGGCUCAGUGCGACGCUGAGCUCUGCAAGCCCGGCACCAUCUUCGAGGUCGAGGAGGCCGUCAUCGACGGCCGCAAGACGCGCUACUGGAAGAAUGCACCCCGCACGUUCCGCGACCUGCUCUACAGCCGCCUGACAAACUGGGCCAACGAGGGCCGCCAGUUCCUCUCGACGCCAUCGCCCUUGCCGUCGGCCUACGAGUCGCGCGACGAGGUGUCGUACGCUGCCGUGCUUGCGCGCUCGAUCGAGCUUGCCGCCUGGCUCCGCGACCAGGGCGUGACGGUCGGCACGCGCGUCGGCCUCGGCGGCCUCAACUCUGAGGGCUGGGUCGAGUCGUUCUUCGCCAUCGAGCUUGCUGGCGCCGUGCCCGUCAUGCUCAACUCUACGCUCCAGCCCGAGAUCCAGGACCACUGCCUGUCCCUCACCAAGCCCCUGCUCGUCCUCGUGUCCCAGGAGAUGUCGGUCGCCAUCGCCCCGCUCGUCGAGAAGCUCCAGACCAAGGGCGUCGGCAAGUUCUACUGCUGGGACAGGAUCCACCACCUCCCCGCCGAGGUCCAGAAGGUCGUUGGCUCGUUCUACGGUGCUGUCGGCUCUCCCGCUUCCAUCAAGGCCAUCGAGUCGGGCAAGGGCCUCGAGUCGCUUGGUCCCGAGAGCGAUGCCACCAUCCUCUUCACUUCGGGCACCACCUCGCUCCCCAAGGCCGUCCUCUCGACCCAGCGCCAGGCGCUCCACCACCUCAUCACCAGCCAGAUCAUCCCGGCGCGUGCCGUCCUCCGCGCCGGCGGCACUGUCGCCAUGGCGCAGGGCCUCAUCGCGCCGCCCGAGGUGCAGCAGACCAUGCUCUUCGCCGUGCCCAUGUUCCACGUCACCGGUCUGCUGUCGAUGCUCCUCCGCUCGGUCGACGUCGGCAACCGCCUCGUCUUCAUCCGCCGCUGGAACGUCAAGGAGGUCAUCGGCCUCAUCAAGCGUUACAACGUCAACGUCAUCUCAGGCGUGCCCACCAUCGUCCAGGCUGCCCUCCAGGCGCCCGAGCUCGAGGGCCACGAGAUGGCUGGUCUCCUGUACGGCGGUGGACCUCCCCCGCAGCGCAUGGUCCAGGACAUCAAGAAGAAGUUCCCUACCGCCCUCGCCGUCCACGCUUGGGGCAUGACCGAGACCAACGCGGUCGCGGUCGCGUUCAUGGGCGACGACUACCUCAACAACCCUGAGGCCGUCGGUCCCCCCAUCCCCAUCUGCGACGUCAAGGUCGUUGACCAGGAGACGAAGAAGGAGCUUCCCCGCGGCACCUUUGGCCUGCUCCUUGUCCGUGGCGGUAACGUCAUGAAGGAGUACCUCAACAACCCUAAGGCCACGAAGGAGGCGCUCGACGCCGACGGAUGGCUCGACACCGGAGACAUGGCCAUCCACGACGAGGAGGGCCUCGUCUACAUCCGUGACCGUGCCAAGGACGUCAUCAUCCGCGGCGGUGAGAACAUCGCCUCGCAGGAGGUCGAGAACGAGGUGUACAAGGACGACCGUAUCGCCGAGGCCACGGCCAUCGCCGUCCCAUGCGACAUCCACGGCGAGCGUGUGGGUGUCGCCGUCUCCCUGGCGCCCGGAGCAACCGCUACCGCCGAGAGCAUCCUCGACAAGGUCGAGCCGCUGCUGCGCCACCCUGCGCGUCCCGCCAUCCUCGUUGUGUCGGACGCUCCCCUGCCCCGUAACGCCAACGGCAAGUUUGUCAAGUUUGAGAUCGCCAAGAUGGUGCGCGAGAUCUGGGAGAAGCAGGGCCGUAAGGAGGUCAAGCGCCGCGCCAGGCUCUAAGCAGCUGGGACGCUGGGUGUUGUCAGUACGAGUCGAGUUGUAGAAGGAUGCAGCAGUGGCCACA